CAAUGUUUCCCCUCGCCCAAAGCUCCUCCAUUUGCGCCUGCGAUAUACUCCAUUCCCGCCGGACAAUCACCCGCAAAUCUGAACACAUACUCUAGCCGACUUAGCAACUUGAACAGCCUCAAAUCAACCACAACGCGCCCAAACAAUUCAUUCUGACACGACGGUUCAUCUCUUAUCAUCAAAAUAUACAUCCUGUCCAAUUUUCAGCAAUUAAUUCGAUGAUUCCCAACUACUGCUGCCACUGAUGAAAUGCACGUCGAGCAGUUGCGCUCGAAGAAGUCUGAAGCACAAAGAUGUUUGUUGUCGAGAAAGCGAAAGUUAUCUGAACUCUUUUCCAUCACCGCGUAUCCUCUGCACCCCGACGACCCGACCUACAAACAAAAGCUCCAGGCUUUCCAUGAUGCAAACGACUUAGAAAGCGGGCGACUGUUCGACGAGGCGACUCUGCCACCACGAACGCACAUAGUCCUCCGGUCCCGCCAACCCAAAGCCUCACUUCCUCUUGAGCCUUCAGUAUCGACCUCCGAAAACGUAUCACAAUCCACAAGCCUUUCAAAGAACGAUGUGGUAUCACAACCAAAAGAUUCCAGCAGGGCUCAACCACCAGGACAGCCAUCUUUGCGCGAGGAGGUCAACGAAAAUGGGUUUAGUGAGGAGCUUCAAGUGGUAGACAAUGCAUUUGACGGCUCGAGACGAUCAGACCAACGCUUAGUGCAAGAAAGCGUGCAAGACAGCUCUCGGUCACAAGAGUCUAAAGCCGAUGUCCUGCCCACAUCUCCCAGAUCACCUGCCCGUCUGGUACCGCCAGAUGAAGGCGAGGAAUCCGUAGAUCCUGGGACUGGUGGUGCUGGAACAAACGAAGAAGCUCCCGUAGCUGACACUGGGGCUCUUUCGGUUCCUACUCCCAGUCAACGACGGAGUCGAAGCCCCCCGAUUCUUGCGCCAGUCCCUUCUGCGGCCGAGCCUCAAUCGUCACCAGCAUCUACAAAUGGACCAGAAUCGGCGAACACACCCGUACCAACUGCGGCGUCCCCUGGCACUAGCCCUGGACUGGAUCUGCAGCAAAAGGACUCCAGCCAUGGCCAGGCGGAAUCAGAGCGUUCGCCGCCCGACGUUGGCGGCAGCGCUGAUCAGCAACCGCCAAAACCAGAAGCCCGAAGUGGUGACGUAGAGAUGGCUGAGACAGAGAAUGUGCCCGAUGAGGGGAGCACUUCCAAGAAGCCGAGCGUGCGGAUAGACAUUCAGACGGAGGUUGAAUCGUAUUUCAAACCACGGUCAAGCAGUACCAUCGUCGAGAGUCCAGCACAAAUGACUGCUGCCGGCGCACCAAAACUUGGUCUUCCAGUAACACCGUCCACACACGAGCCUGCUAAACGGGCUACUCGAAUAUCUUCUGGCGUCCUGCAGAAGAAGUCAGUCUCAGAGAUACUCGGCGAGACUCCGAAGGCGACUACACCUCAGGGUGAUUCUCCGCAAUCAAUGACGCAUCGCGAUUCAUUUUCAGUCUCGACCCCAGAUGGCCGAGCUGGAGAACGCCGGGACAAGGAGCGUAGCAGGUUAUCCACCGUCGUCUUCGCCAAGCCACAGAAGCCGCUCAACGACGAGGUUAGCCUUUCUGUGGAGCGUGUCGAUGAUCGCGAGAUGCAGAAGACCAACCAUGGCGAGCGGGACUACCUUUAUACGCUAUUUGAGAAUAAGGCUCAUUCGAUGUCACGGCAGACUUCUAUGACUUACCUCAUCCAAAAUGCUCACAAGGCAUUAUCAACGAAAGAUCAUCUUAUCGAGUAUGAGUUGUCGGCGGAAUGUCGAAUCUUGAAACGCCUAUAUCAGUUGCAAGAGAAGCAGCGCUGGGCACUGAGACAGUAUAAGCGGGCUGAUGAAGCUCCAAGACCGACAUCUCAUUGGGACUUCAUGCUUGACCAUAUGAAGUGGUUGCGGACCGACUUCAGGGAAGAACGAAAGUGGAAGCUCGCUGCUGCCAGAGGCUUGGCCGAUGCCUGUGCAGAAUGGGUCACGAGUUCUCCUGCAGAAAGAUGCCAUUUACAAGUCAAGGUCCGACCGCCAAAGAUACUGCCGAAGCCAGACGAGUCACAGGAUGUCGACAUGGAAGAUGCGGCUGGACCAAGUGUUUCUGCGCAGCCAACUCCGGAGUUAGUGCCUUCGAAUGACGAUGAUUACAUGAGCGACGACAUUGCAGAUCCCCGCGACAUUCAGAUGACCAUUGCACCAGCGGCACUUUUCUCACUAGGCGCAUCUGAUUUCAACUUUGCAGUUGACCAUACGCCUGCCUUGGACAAACUUCUCGACGAGUUGCCCCUCUAUGAGCCAUCAGCUGUCGAGCCAGAUCUCUCCAAAUCCAACUUGGCAGAGCGCUUGGAUGCCAAAUGGAAGACCGACAUUGUACCUGUCUCGAGAUGGACGACGGAGAAACUACCAGUCAAGGAGUAUAAGGCUCCCAUCAAGCGAAGUCGGUAUGAAUAUGAGCUUGAGCUGUCACCAAAGAAGAAGUCUGCACCUCUUCCACCUGAAGCAACCAAUGUGGCGCUGUUCAUGCCAGAAAACAAACAUAUUAGAGAUAGAAUCCACCCCGGCCAUUCUUUCCGGCCCCCGUCAGAGCAUCCGAUGCCCACCCAGGCUUUCUUCGAGACCAGGAGUUCGUCGCAAUGGACUCAUGCUGAAGACGACGAACUCAGGAAACUCGUCAAAGACUACUCUUACAACUGGUCUCUUAUCUCCAGCUGCCUUACACCUCGAAGUUCUUACACGUCAGGAGCCGACCGCAGAACGCCUUGGGAAUGCUUCGAAAGAUGGAUUGGCUUGGAAGGACUGCCCGCAGACAUGUCUAAGACUGCCUAUUUCAAGACCUAUUCUGGUAGAAUUGAGGCAGCUGGCAGACACGUGGCUGCCCAGAUCGAAGAAGCUCAACGAAGAGCCGGUGCCAAUGUACAGAUUCCUGCUAGGAAGAGGACGACUCAACCAGUUCGGGUUGAGCGCAAGAGGACGCAACGGCAUCUUGCUAUGCUGGACGCUAUGCGUAAAUUGGCUAAGAAGCGUGAGACUGCUCUUCAGAAACAACAACACCAAGCCGACCUGGCUGCAAUGCGGAAGGUCAACGACGCAAAUGUGCCCAAGCCAUCGUACAAGACACCAGCUGAAUUUUCACAGCUCAAGCAGGAGCGGGAGGCGAAAUUGGCAGAACGACAAGAAAUCUACCGUCAACAACUCAUCGCUCAUCAACGUGCUACUGCGCAGCAACAACGCAGCCAGAACCCUCAGUCCAACAACAUGCCAAACGGCAUGCCUCCUGGCCCGCCUGGAGCACCCGGCAUGCGCGGCCCUCCUUCGGCUGGCGGUCUUCCCGCGAUGCCAAAUGGAAACCUUCAGGUUCCUAACGGUCAUCCCCGUCAUCCAGCGAUGAUGGCAAUGCAAGCAAACAUGCAAUUACCGCCGGGCAUGGUUGGACCAAAGGGCCUCACGCCCCAAAUGCAGGCUCAGAUGCAAGCACAAAUGGCUGGUCGCGGCGCAGCAACCUCUCCACAACAAAUGCGUAUGCUGCAAGAGGCGAGCCGUGUUCAGCAAGAGCAGUUAAUGCGACAGGCACAACAAGCUCAAAACGGUGUCCAUUCCUCACCCAACAAUCCUCAUGCUGCUCUUGCUGCAGGCAAAGGCAUGAAUAAUGCUGCUUACAUGGCUGCCAUGGGAGGUGCGAACGGGGUUGGAUCUCCUGGCCACAUGAAUCAUGCCUCUGCCUCGCCUCGCCCUACCACCGCUACUUCCGGUCAGGCUCUGUCAAGCGGCCACAUCCCCGUCCUCACCCAGAUCGCGAAUAAGAUUCGUGAACAUCACCCUAAUCUGUCAGAUGACGAGGUUAAUCGCCUCGCAUCCCAGCAGAUCACUCAGUAUCAGCAACAAGCCACCGCAGCCGCAGCCGGGCAGACCCAAAAGCGCCAACAGCCUCACAACCAAGCCGCACUCAACGCUGCCAUUGGUGCCGUUAAUGCCGGCAACCACGCUUCGAACGCGGCAGCUGCAGCCGCAGCCGCAGCCCAGUUCGGACACCAAGGCAUGAUGACCAACGAACAAAUCCAGCAGUACAACCAGCGGAUGCGCAUGCAACAGGCUCAACAACAUGCAGUUAGGGGUAUGCAGGGACAAAUGCAGCCAGGCGUGAUGGGCGCAAUGCCGAAUGGGAUGAGCAACUCUCCUGUAAUGACCAUGGCCAGGCCCGUCAGUCAGCACGCGAAUCAGGGACAAAUGAGUCGCAGCGCGACGCCAAGGGACCAGCGCAGUGGCAGUCAGAGCAACAUCAAUGUCAACGUCAAUGGCAGUGGGUCGGCCCCGCAGAGUAGUCCGCGCCCGGCGCCUGCGCAGCAGAUGCAGACCUGAGUGACGCAACGGCUGGGUUCGAUUUUGUAUACAGAGGGAUUUAUGGUUCAACUAUGGGCUAGCUGUUUGAGUACAGGGAGGGUAGGUAAGAGCCUCUGUUGCUUGCGGCGGUAAUCGCAAUGAUAUUCUAUGCUUUUCUGUCCACAGAUUUCCAUGGAUACGUUUUCUUACGGUCAUAUUCAUCACCUGUC